AUGUUAAACCCGGACGAAAUGAUGGAGGAUGAAGAACAUCGACGUUUAUCGCAAAAUUGGGGAAACGCGGGUUUUAGCAACGGGCAGCAGCAACAGCAACAGCCAUUGCCAAACAGUGCAGCGUUACCAGCUCAGCCACAGUCGCAGAACAUGGCCGGAGCGCCAUCGCAGCAAGGUGCAUCGACCUCGAGCCCGGACGCUGGGCUUUCGCAGAUGAUUCAACUAUUGCAGCAGCAAAUGAGUCAGCAACAACAGCUUAUGACGCAAAUAUUGCAAUAUCAACAGCAACCGGCAGCACAGUUGCUACAGCAUCCACAGCAGCCACAGCAUCCACAGCCUCCGCAACAAAGUUCGACACCGACAAACCCCGAGCUUAUCCUCGAAGCUUUAGCAAGCAAUAUAAGUGAAUUCCGGUAUGAUGCAGAGUCGGGAGCAACAUUUAAGGCAUGGUUUGAGCGGUAUGAAGAUCUGUUUCUACGGGACGCUUCCCGACUCGACGACGGUGCAAAAGUAAGGCUCCUAGGACGUAAGCUGGGCACCGUAGAACAUGCACGUUAUACCAGUUUUAUUUUACCCCGCGCACCCCGUGACAUGUCAUUCGAUGAGACAGUUGAAAAAUUAACGGCGCUUUUCGGCAGAACAGAGUCUCUACUUAGCAAACGCUACAAGUGUAUGCAGAUAGCUAAAUCGUGCAAAGAAGAUCUGCUCACGUUUGCUUGCCGUGUGAAUAGGGCGUGUGUCGAUUUUGAGUUCGCUGGGAUGAAUGAGGAGCAAUUUAAGUGCCUUAUCCUGGUGUGCGGGCUUAAGGAAGAAAUCGAUACCGACAUGCGCAAUCGGCUGCUUGCCCGCAUUGAGGAGAAGAAUGACGUUACAUUGGAGCAACUAUCGGCGGAAUGCCAGCGUAUAACUAAUAUAAAGGUGGAUAGCGCGUUGAUCGCUAAUGAUCACGGAGAACGAGUGUUUGCGGUGAAAAACGGUGGCCAAAGAUCGCAUCAACAGCAGUUUUAUCGGCAGCAGUACCAACCUUUCGGUCAACAAACUCAGACACAUCCCAGAGGAAACACCAUGUAUUUACAAAAGCCAACGAAUGCGUGCUGGUCGUGCGGUGGUCCCCAUUGGAAGAGAGAAUGUCCAUAUAAGUCACACGUAUGCACGGAUUGCGGAAGAUAUGGACAUCGGGAAGGAUAUUGUGAGAGAGCAAAUCGAUUUCAGCGACAGGACAACAAGAGAGGGAGCACACAAGUUGCAACGCGAGUCGUAAACGUAAAUGUGUGCAACGUAGAAGCAAGGCGGAAAUAUGUGAACGUGUUGAUAAAUGGAACACCUGUUAAGCUGCAGCUCGAUACGGCGUCCGAUAUCACAGUGAUCAGCGAGGGGCUAUGGAGGGAUGUCGGACAGCCUCCUUUGAUGGCAGCAACAGUAAAAGCGAAGACAGCCUCGCAAAAUUAUCUGCAACUAAAGGGUGAGUUUGAUGCAUCAAUAACCAUCGCUUCUAGAACUCAACAGGCAACAAUCCGAGUCGCACGGGCCAACCUUUUCCUGCUGGGAGCGGACGUGGUGGAAGCUUUUGAGCUCGGAUCAAUCCCGAUGGACCAGUUCUGUAGUAACAUCGAUGCGGUGAGUACACCUAAGUCAGUAUGGGAGAAGCGUUUUCCGACAGUUUUCAAGGGCAUGGGGCUUUGUUUAAAAUCGCGCAUAAAAUUGGAAAUAAAAGAGGGCAGUCACCCUGUAUUUCGUCCUAAGCGCCCCGUGGCUUAUGCAAUGCUACAGACUGUCGAUGAAGAACUGGACCGUUUGGAAGCCCUGAAAGUCAUUACUCCCGUGGAUUACUCGGAUUGGGCUGCCCCUAUAGUGGUUGUACGGAAGGCAAAUGGAAAAAUCAGGAUUUGCGGUGAUUACUCGACAGGGCUGAAUAACAUCCUACGACCACAUGAGUACCCGCUUCCACUGCCAGAGGACAUUUUUGCUAAGUUAGCCCGAUGCCAAAUUUUCAGUAAGAUUGAUCUCUCCGAUGCUUUUCUUCAGGUGCAGAUUGAUGAAAAAUUUCGCCCGCUGCUAACAAUAAAUACCCAUCGUGGGCUAUACCACUACAACCGUCUACCGCCUGGCAUAAAAAUAGCCCCAGCAGCAUUUCAACAACUGAUUGAUACCAUGUUGGCAGGAAUAACAGGAGUUUGCGGCUAUAUGGAUGAUCUCAUAAUUGGAGGCAUGUCAGAUAAAGACCAUGAUAAUACGCUAAAUCUUGUACUAAAACGAAUUGAGGAAUUUGGUUUCACAUUACGACCUGACAAAUGUGUGUUUAAAAUGUGUCAGAUUAAAUAUCUCGGGCAUGUAAUCGAUGGCAGGGGAAUACGUCCUGACCCUGAAAAGAUUAGCGCUAUACAGAAUUUACCAGCCCCCACCGAUAUUGCCGGAGUUAGAUCUUUCCUAGGGGCAAUUAAUUAUUAUGGAAAAUUUGUUCCAAUGAUGCGCGAUCUAAGAUUCCCCCUUGAUAAUCUUCUAAAGAACGAAAAACAAUUUAAAUGGACAACAGAAUGCGAAGCAGCUUUCAAGAAAUUUAAAGAAAUACUGUCAUCAGAGCUGCUAUUAACACACUACGAUCCUAUGGCAGAAAUAAUUGUAUCAGCAGACGCUUCAUCCGUUGGAAUCGGAGCUACUAUUAGCCAUAAAUUUCCAGAUGGAAGCGUUAAGGUUAUACAGCAUGCUUCACGAGCGCUGACCAAGGCGGAGUUUAAUUACAGUCAGAUUGAUCGCGAAGGCUUGGCCCUCGUUUAUGCAGUUACCAAGUUUCAUAAGAUGCUAUACGGCCGUCAUUUCAGACUCCAAACAGACCACCGUCCCCUGCUCCGGAUUUUUGGCUCGAAGAAAGGCAUUCCCGUCUAUACAGCUACCAGAUUGCAGCGAUUUGCCCUGACCAUGCAGCUGUACGACUUUUCUAUUGAGAACGUGCAAUCAGGACAUUUCGGGAAUGCAGACAUCCUCUCGCGGCUUAUAAGAAACCACGUGAAACCGGAACGCGAAUACGUAAUCGCCAGCCUUAGCUUGGAGGAAGAUAUUACUAUGGAUCAAUCGGUGAAAAAAUCGAAGCGAACCGGGCAGUUUUUCAACCGGAUAAAUCAGCGCGCAGAAGGGGAAAUGGUGGUUGAAGAAGGCGAAUCAAGUGCCAUCAGUUACCUGUAG